UCUCCACGGCGUCUCCAACUCCAAUCCAUCGAGUCCUCUGGAGUUAGAUUUGAUAGGACCUAUCUGUUUAGUGUUUAUUCUUUAUUCUAAUAAAGUAAUAAUCUAAUUUCUAAUAGUUUCUUUAAUCGAGUCUACAAAUACCUCAAAAACUCAAAUUAAUAGCUCAUUGUCAAAAUAGUAGGUUAUUAAUUAUUAGUAUUCUGUAUUCCUGUGUUAGUAUACCAUCUAUAUAAAAUUCUGAUUUUAAAGUAUUUUUCUCCUUGCUUUAGUGUACAAAAUWGCUUAAAAAUUAUUUAAAUUUAAGUGUUUUUUAACAUCUACUUAUCAACAUGCAGUCUUCUCAGACUGGCAUGGUCGGUCAACCAAGCUUUAAUGUGGGGCCUGGUUUACAAUCUAAUAUACAAACGCAAGUUCCUGGUCAACACAAUGUAUUGGUACCUCAAGUUCCUCUUAAUCAGAAUCCUGUAGGUGUUGGUUCCGUUUCCCAGCCACCAGUACCGCCUUCCAACCAAAAUCAAUCAGCAUCUGGUCAUCAGUUUAACACUGCCUCUUUGUGUCGCUUUGGACAAGAAACCGUACAAGAGAUAGUGUCUCGCACACAUGAAGUGUUCCAAACACUUAAAGUCCUAAUGCCACCAAAUGGUACUACAUCUGGUGCUAACAUGAGUAAUGAAAGGCGUAUUAAAAUGCAAGAUCAAUUGAGGAACAUAAAAUUACUAUUCAAACGACUAAGAAUUAUAUAUGAAAAAUGCAACGAUAGCUGUCAAUUACAAGGUAUGGAAUACAUGCAUAUAGAAGGGCUGAUUCCACUCCAAGAAGAAUGGGACAUGAAGUCUGAAGAAAGAAAAACUAGUGAAACUUAUCGUGUUGCUAGCGAUGAAAUGAAAGAAGUAGCUGAACAAUUAAGUAAUAAAAAUAGACAUUUAAAAGAAAUAAUUGAUCAUCUUCGAAGAAUUAUAUGGGAAAUAAAUACAAUGUUAGCAAUGAGGAGAUCUUAAUAAUUUUAUUUUAUAUAAACCUAAAUUUAUGUUUCAAAACUAUAUUAACAAAACUUCGAGAUUAGCACAUAUUAUUUAAAGCCUAAAUUAUGAUGGUUUUAAGAUAAAGCAAAAUAAUUGUGUUUUGGUCUAUACCCUUUGUAUGAAUAAAAAAUAUAGUACCGA